AUGUCGAACUGGAAAGACUUCAGUCUCACAGAAGACAAGUGCCGCGGCAGUGCCCCUGACUGGAAAGUCUUGCCUUUGGAGUCGGAUGGCAGUGAAAGCCACAGAGGCAAAAAGAGAGCUGGCAGUUCCGAGAGUGUGAGGAAUUGGACUGAUUUCCCACUGGACGGGGAUCUGGAGGCCCAAGGGCAAAACCCAGUGGGUUCAUCCUGGAAGGACUUGCCUCUGGAUGGAGAAGUUCCCCUUCCGAGGGGCCGCAACACAACACAUGUUAGUGGAGCAGCUGCUGUUCGUAUCCCACCAAGCAAGAAGCCGUGCGUGGACAAGGACAGCUGGAAAAACUGCUUGUCUGCAGAAGAGACUGUGGCUGCAACGGAUUCCGGGCCUCUGGAGACUCUGGAGGUAAACCUCACGAGGGAGCUUCUGUCGUGUCUGCCAAAGUUGCCGCUGUCGCAGCAGACCUCUUACGCGCUGAGUGGCAAGGACAGUGGACGCAUCCAGACUGCAUUGAAAGCGGGAUGUAGUUGCAGUGCCAACUGCUUAUCCAAGCUCCACAAAGCACCGACAGAGGCCAUCGUGCGCAUGUGGCAUGAUUUAAGCCCUGAAACCCAUGUCAUGGUGCUCCAUGGUUUGUACGACUGCCCUGAGCAGAUGGAGCUGAGGAGGCGGCACUGGGCGGUGAACAGCCAGCAUGUAUGUUUUCGUGGGUUGGCCAAGCUCCUGGGUCACAAUGAGCGCACACUGCGGAAAUGCAUCCAUGCUGAUGCUGACAAACGACGGAGUCCUGACCUACGCCUUCCAAGGGAUUGCCCCCAGACGACAUUUGUGCAUCACUUCUUCCUUGACCUUUACCUCAGCGCCGCGGAAGAUUUGAAUGUCGAUGCGGUAAUCGAGAAAGGCGAGGCUGCUGAGCCACAUACUUUUCACUGGUCACCGGACACGCCCGUUGUGGACCGCAUACUUGCUCUUCUCUCCGACAACUGCACUGCCCCUGUGCGAUGGCUCCCACCUGGUCAGCUGAGUGACCUUUGGUUGCAGUUCCUAUCGUGGUCCGAGUCACACAGCAGAGUGCGCAAGACGAAGGAUGCAGUGAAGAUAGGUCCCGUCCUGCAAUUUGUGCCAGGCUGGUACACUUUCUACAACGCUUGGAAGCAGCACUGGCAUUUGCGUCGCCUCAGAUUCAGACCCACAUCGUCACACAAGGAAUGUGACGUGUGUUUUCAGCUCCGCGAGGCUUUGCACCUGCGAUCCCUGUCAAAGGAUGAGAAAGUGGCCAAGGCAGCUGAGUGGAGACAACACCUUGCUGACACGUAUCAUGAUAGACUGGUGUAUUAUACCAUGAGAUACGCAAGCAGGGCCCGUCUUAACAUUCUAACUGUCAUACUGGACAGCAUGGAUAAAGCCAAAUGGAGUUAUCCAAGGAUGAACAUCAGCCGACAACCUGAGAGUCUCGAAAAACUGAGAAGACCGAGACUGGUUGUCACAGCAGCCCUUGCACAUGGGUUCGCCACUGGCUUGUUCAUCCAGGACAGUGAAAGGGUCAGCCACGGGGCCAACUGCUUCCUGGACCAGCUCUGUCGAACGAUUCAAGUCGUCAGGGCACAAGGACCUUGUCCGGAACACUUGUUUUUGCAAACCGACAACACGACUGCGUUGUCGAAGAACUCUAGCAGCCACCUCUUUGCAGCGUUGCUCGUUGCCCUCAAGCACUUUUCUACAGUCAAUUUGGGCUACUUGACCAAAGGACAUACUCAUGAGGACGUUGAUGCAUAUUUCUCAAGGCUAUUGCCAAUCAUUCGCCGUUCUGAGUUCAACACUGUCUCAGAUGCUGCAGAUGUCCUGCGUGGGGAGCUGCAAGGGGAGGCGCAUGGCCACCACGAUCCCGUCGUCGUGCAGGAAGUGAAAGCUGUGAAGGACUUUGAUGCAUGGCUCCACCCUUUGGGUAUCAAGCUGCACAACACCUUCAGAACUCGGGUGGAUCCUCAAACUGGGCAGGAGCGACCGACUGCCCAUGCCUUCACAUACAAGAGACGUCUGGACUUGACAAUGGAGGAGCGGCGCCGAGUUCCGGCAGUGAAUUCUCAGGGUCACCCAGAUGAUGUUUUUGGCAUUGUCAAAGGACGCAUGUUCCAUGACAUUGACGAAGCACAUGCUCCACUGCUAGUGUUGCCCCACAGCAGACUUGAGACCUUGGGUUCCAUUCGGGACUUGGCCCUGGAGAAGCGCAAUCUCUUCUCCCAGCAACGUGCAAAAGAACUGCAGAAGCUGGCUGACACUCUGGAUGAUAUCCGCCGACCCCAAGGGGCUGCAAGUGUUCGCAACUUGCUUGCCGGUGAUGCCACUUUGGAGGAGUACAGUGGUGACAUGAGCUGGCUUGCGCAACCAGGCCAAGUCCAUCACCCGGCUUUGGUUGUGACAGAUAUCCUCUCAAGCUGCAGUCCUGGCGUGGAUCUACUGGGGCAUCCAGCAUCGUGUGUCCAGCAUCGUGUGCCCAUGACAAUGAGGGUGCCUGAGGCCAUCCUCUCGAUGGCUGUGUUUGGGACAUGUCUUCAGGCUGUGUUGGACUGGCCUGGUGGUGCAGACCAGGACAGACAACUUGAUGUCUUCGAGAUCUGGAGUGGAGUAGGAUCCAUCUGCGCAGCAGCCCAGAAAGCAGGCCUGGCUGCUGAUGCCUUUGAAUUGACCCGAAUCCCAGGUGUGACAGAUGACCCAAGCAACCCAGCAACAGAGGAUUUGCUGUGCAAGGCCGGGUUUUUCCGCUGCCUGGCGAAGGUGUUGACUGUGCGGGAGAAAGGUUUGGUGUGGAUGGGCCCACCCUGUUCAAGUUGGGUCUUCCUCAACCAGAGGAACUGCAAGCGCAAUGCCCACAAUCGAGGAGGCGAUGGCACUUACAAGCCCGUGGCAGAUGGAAACACAUUUGCCAGAAUCGCCGCCUUCAUCUUUGCCUUGUGUUCCAUCCGCAAUGUCUUCGUGGUCAUCGAGCAACCAAAAGGCAGCCAGAUGUGGUUUUAUGAUCCGGUUCAAUUGGUAUUGAACCAUUUCCAGUGCACCUGGGUCACAAUGGCCAGAUGUCGGUUCGAUCGGCGUCCAUAUGGGCAGCGAUGGUUGAAGGUCUUCAAAAUAUGCGGACCUUGGUGGAUUGACCAGUUGUACCGACAAUGCCUAUGCCCUGGUGAACACAAGCCCUUGGUCACAGUGUCUGAGAGCGGUCAAAUCACUGGCAACACAGAAGCAUUGAAGAGUUCUGCUGCUUAUCCCAAGGCGAUGGGAGAGGCUGUCAUCAAGCGUUACAUGGCAAUACAGCAAGCAGAUCCUCCUGCGUCUGUGUCCCACAAGAAACCUGCUGCCUUGCACAAGCGGCCGGCUGCCUCCCACAAGCGGCCUGCUGCUAGUGAGGCUGCUAGUGAGAAAGCUCCUAAGAAGUUGGCCAUGGAUCAAAGCUGGAAAGAGCUCAAACUUGAGGCUGAAGAAUCCAUGAAUCAGACAGUCAGCCACAGUUCGGAGCAGCAAGAAGAGAAGGGAGCAUCAGCCUGGACCGCCAUAAAUGAGAUGAGCCUGGUCACCAGAAGUGCAGCUUUGGCAUAUUGUGUGGGCUUCAACCUAACAACACAUGGUGAUAUGAGUGAUAUGUACUUGGCAAGCCUCUGUGCACAGCUCAUGCGUUCUCAGUUGUCCUGCUUACUUGCUUCGAAUUUCCAUCGCAUUUCACGCAUUUCUGGACAGGAAGUUUCAGAGGCUUGUGGACAGCACCUUCACACUGCAUUUUGCAUGCUGAGCUGUACUGAGGCUCGGAUUUCCCCCAGUCCCCACAAGCUUGCAACAAUGAGCGACUGCCGCCAUGGGAUCACAGAGGAGCCCUUGCAGCCGCCGGCCAAGUUGCGACGAUUGGGGCCAUUGCGGGAGGAGCACAUACCACCUGAUGAGAAGAAGGAUGUGCAGUCUGCCCAGUGCCAGGAGUUUGCUGUCCUGUCAGAGUCAAACCUGCAGGGCUACAAGGAAGCCUUCUUGUUGGAUCAGAAGCAACGUGAUACCGACAGCAGCUCACAGGAAACUCUAGUCCUUGGUGAGCAUCUCUUGGAGAAGGCAAGCUAG